GCUUUCAUUUUGAUUGGCCAAUCACAAUAGACGACAAGUGCGGUAGCUUUAAACGUUUCAUACAACAGAUGCGAUCAACUGUUUACGUAUGCACGCUGUGGACAUUUAAAAAUUGGACUCCAUUAAUCAUUCAAUGAAGACAGAGAAGUGAGUGAUCAAGAACCAUGCGACCACCACGACGCUCUCAAGGGGCUGAGAGAUCUACCAAGAAUCAUCCAGCAGCAUCGGGAGAUUCCGAGCAACGGACCAACAUCCGAGUCGUCAUCCGUAUCCGUCCGGAGAACUCGCGCGAACGAGAUGCUCAAAAUGCCCGUACAGUCGUUCGGCCGCUCGACGAGCAGGUACUAGUCUUUGAUCCGCAGGAGGAAGGUUCGCCGUCGUACUUUCGUGGAAGGCGCGUGAGGCAGCGUAACGUGAUGCGACGGAAGAAUCGCGACAAGCAGUUUGCUUUUGACCACAUAUUUGCGGAGGGAGCAUCGCAGGAGUAUGUCUACGAACACACAACAAAGUCAGUUGUAGACAGCGUCCUCAGUGGAUAUAAUUGUUCUGUGUUUGCGUAUGGUGCUACCGGAGCAGGCAAGACGUUCACCAUGCUGGGAGGACCCAACCAACCUGGCAUCAUGUUCCUUACCGUCAUGGAGCUCUACCAGAAGAUUUCUAGCGAAAAAUCAGAGAAGCUUUGUGAUGUAGCCGUUUCCUACCUGGAGAUCUACAAUGAGGCAGUAAAGGACCUGUUGGUACCGUCCGGACACCUAGCCAUCAGAGAAGACCCCCAGAGGGGAGUGGUGGUCAGUGGACUCUCCUUGCACAAGCCUAAAAAUGCCAAGGAGUUGUUCAGCAUGCUGGAGUAUGGUAACACUAAUCGAACCCAGCACCCGACCGAUGCCAAUGCGCAGUCAUCUAGAUCACAUGCAGUCUUUCAGGUGUUUGUACGACAGCGUGACCGGACAGCGAACAUCAGCACCAACGUCCGAGUGGCCAAGAUGUCUCUCAUCGACCUUGCGGGGUCAGAGAGGGCAACGGUAACGACCAACCGUGGAGCGAGGUUUCGAGAGGGCGCUAACAUUAAUCGCUCUCUCCUAGCUCUCGGGAACUGCAUCAAUGCCUUGGCAGAUAGCAAGAACAGAGGCAAGCAUGUGCCCUACAGGAACAGCAAGCUGACUCGUCUUCUGAAGGACUCCCUCGGUGGUAAUUGCAAGACAGUCAUGAUUGCUGCCGUGAGUCCAUCCAGCCUUUCUUAUGAAGAUACCUUCAGCACAUUGAGGUACGCAGACAGGGCCAAGGAGAUUAAGUCUAACUUACAGAAGAACGUUGUUAGUCUAGACCUCCACAUCACCAAGUACACCCAGAUCAUCCAAGAACUCAGGACAGAGGUCUCUGAAUUGAAGGAUAAACUACAGAUGCAAACAACGUGUGCCAUGGCAACGGUUGGCCCACAAGCCACUGUACCUGAUAAUGAACGGACACUAAGUCUCCAGGUGGAGGUCCACAGGGUGUUCCAGCAGAGAGCCAGCAUACGCAAGGAGCUCCUGGAGCUGGAAUCGUUUGACCGUGACCUGACCGCUAAGGUCAUGCGCAAGACCCUUCUGGUGGAGAGAAACAGAGUCUUGCAUGGGAAGAGCACGUUAGGAGAUAAGACGAUAUCCAAGUUAGACCGUGUGAUUGCCGCGGCAACGGUACGUCGGGAGCGUGUGAGGAAUCGCAAGGUUGGCGUGGAGCAGAGAAUGAAGGAGAAUCAGGAUGGUCUCGAUCGGCUCUCGUCCGAGAUGAGGAGUAGCUGCAGUGAUGAUGGUACCAUGCCACAGGUUCUGAAGGACACGCUACAUAUGAGGCAUUUAGAGAUUGAGGUUAAAGAUGGUCGAAGGCAAGCCAAGCAUCUGAGGAAGUUUGCUAGGAACCAAGAGAGCCAUAUCAAAGCAUCAGAAAAGCUGAUGCUAAACCUGAUCACUGCUUUCCGCAGUCAGUACUACCUGAUCAAGGGCUCUGGCUUUCUGACCCCCGACCUCAUCGAGCAGUUUGAAUGCAUCCAGAAGCAGGUUGAAGGUGAAAGAGAGGUCAUGUGGGCCGACCAGAGCCUCAACGAAGGAUCGUCGGAGGAGGCAGAGGUCGGGGACUUUAAUCGGUUGCUAAACCUCCCCGUCUUGAGCUGUGUCCAGAUUACACCCAAAGCACCAGUCCAGAAAAGAUCGGUAAGGACACCAGAUACUGCUGAAGACAAGCAGACUACAGCCCCUCCUUAUGAGUGUUUGCCCAUCCGACGGAUCUCUUACGCUGGAGUGUGUCAGACCAUGGUGGGUAUCACCCCGACAGCUAACGGUAGAGCGCUCAGGAUGCCUGAAUGUGAUGGACAAAACAUAGGUCAAGCUCAGAGAAUCGCAACGCCCAGCACCAACGGACAUCAGCAACCACAGAGAAUCAUAACACCCCAGAGAGCAAUGAGGAGUCCAUCAGGCUCCGCCCAACGUAUCCCAUCAUCCUUCACCGACGAUGGUCGACACCCGCAGCGAGUCCCAACACCCCAGAAAUCAAGGUCUCCGUUUACAUCAGCAGAGUCAUUAGCAACAGUCAGCUCUCGGUCGUUACCCCCUCCAACAGAAGUGGAGCAGUCCUGUUCACCAGUGACCCACCCUGUAUCGGAAGAUUCCACUUUUAGCAGAGUAGGGGAUGUCAGCAUCACCAGCCCUGACGUUGUGAAGGAAAAUUCGUCAGACAAUGUGCAAAUUGACGGCAUUGCGCCCCUCCCGAUUACUCCUAAAACAAGUGAAAGUCCCACCUCCCAAGUACCAAUAGAACAAUCCGAAACGGAAACAAAUUCUUCCGGUGUGUCUAUUAGUGAACCAGCGCCAGUGAGACUAACUGUUGGAGGAAAUACUGUUGUCAAGAUCCCUGCAUCGAAUAGCAAUAGACCGAUCCAUUCUCUUGACGGGGUUGCCAGGACUAUUUCAUUUGAUGAGGAAGGAAAAACAAACUCUCAAUCUACUACUUCUCCGUUGACAGGAGGAAAGAUGACAUAUGCACAAGUGGCCAGCUCACCGGUGGUUCAACCCACCCGCCUUCCUUUCGGUGAGAUCUCGGUGAACUCUCCCCGUAUCGGCAGUGCGCCCUCUCCUGCUCAGAAGCCUACAGGUUUCAACGAAUCAUUCACGAUCUGCAAGGAUGUCUUACAGGAGAACUUCAGAAAGGAUACCCAAUGGAAAGGAAUUCACAGGAGGGAGACAUUUACUGGCAUACCAUCGUUGCACCACCAACGCAGCAAGUCACAUGGUCAGCUAACAGGAAGCACUGGUCAGUCUGUCAACAGGACGCUGCAUACGGACACCCUCAAGAAAUUUGGGCUGCCCUCUAUGGCAGACACGGCUACAGGUGGUGUUAGCAGACCAAUUCCAGCCUACAUGUCAAUGACCAAAGCAGCCGCUAAUAAGAGGAGAGCUAAUGCCGACAGUCAACGCUCGUACUCCCAGAGCAGCAAGGAGAACCAUCAUCCAAACAACAGAGGGCGUCCUGAUGUGAGCUCGGGUCCGCUGCAGCCUAGCAACCGGACUGGUCUAUCCAGAGCUUUCAGCGUGGGGAACCUGCAUCAGACAACAAGGAAUGUCAGUCGGAGCACUCAUCGGAAUCAGUCAAGCUGGAAUCUAUGAACUCGUUUUCAUCAUGUCUUCCUAGAGAUCCUUCAAUGCAUAACAUCCCAGUGAUCCAUCAAGCCACCGGUGUAUCUCAUCCAAUAUACCGCCCUCAGUAAAGGCACUUUCAGAUAUGACAUGGAAACCGCCUCAAAAAUACUACUACGUUUUUUGAAACGUGUUAAUGAAUGGUAAUUGCCCGCAACAAGGGUCCUACACGCAUUCACUGAUCUCCUUUAUAAGAUCGUAUUGCACUUACAUGUAGGUUAUCAUAAAAUAUAAACAGUCCCUUUGUAAGUUACAGAAAUGUGAAGCACAUUACAUGCUCAUGAAGGUCAUAGGUCAUCAUGAAAGUUUUCCUGUGUCUUAUCUGAACAAGGCUUCAUGGCUGUCAAUCAUCAUCUAGGUUCAGAACAACAUAACUUUGAAACGUACGCUGGAUGCAGGAGGUCGGCUGUGAAGUAUCAAUGAUUUGGAAAAACUCUAUGCGUGACAUGUUCAUUUUCCAUUUUUGUAUGAACAUCAUUUGGAAAGAACUGAAUAUUUAAAGGUAAAUCUUACCUCAAUGACAAAUUACUCUAAUAACAAGCAGAAAAAUCAGAGAUGCAGACUUGCGAAAGUUUGAAUGAAAGAAAUCGGACAUCAAUUAAGAAAGCUAUGAAUUUUGAAAAUUGAAAUCACUAUGAGAAUUUCAAAUAGCUUAAUCGGUAAUAUUACCGUGACCAUGACAUGGUACUGGACAAUUUACUUUCCUAGUUGUUCCAACAGAAUGACUAAAUUGUUAGUUUUUCAAAUUGUAUGACUCAAAUAAAUAAAUAUGCAGUCCAUAAUAUAUUUCGAGUAGUGCCACAAGAAAGUGCGGUGGAGAAAAGGAUAACUUAAUUAUAGUUCGCUAUUCUGUUUCUCUUUAUUUUUGAUACAAAUGAACAUACUGUAUUACAAAGGUUGGAUUGCCCUUCAAAUAUAUAUAUAGAGAGAGAGAGAGAGAGAGAGAGAAGAAAAAAAACUUUUAUAUUUUUAAUAAAAUAAUUGUUUGUAGUUAGUAGGAAUUUCCAUUGAAUAAAUGUUCAGAGAUUUAGAUCCUCUUGUAAUCAUUUGGUCACUUUUGUUGUCCAUUCCCUCAAAUUAUUAUUGGUUCUCUCUCUCUCUCUCUCUCUCUCUCUCUCUUUUUCUCUCUCUCUCCCUCUCUCUCUCUCUCUCUCUCUCUCUCUCUUUCUCUCUCGCUCUACCCUAGAAAAGACAUUAAAUUGCAAUUAUAAAAAAAAAUUGCUUGGUAUUUUUAUUUAAUUUAAUAUCAAGUAACUGAAUAAAUAUGUUGUAAGACAAGCUAUUUCAUUGAAAUUAUUGCCAUUAUUCCACACAGCUGUAAGACAUACAACCUGUACCUUAAAAAUGUAUCCAAGAAUAUAUGAUGAAAGUGAGAAUGCUUGGUUCAUCACGAAUCAUGAUUAUUCAUUUACAUGUGGUGGUCGAAGACGAAGAUAAUUUUGAUUUUGUGAAGAGAUUUAAGGUGUGUAAUGAUCUUUCGUCACACAAACUAUAACAUGUAUAAAAACCUGACUCUUUAUUAACCAUAUUGCUUAUUAUGAUCUAUACACAAUUAACAAUACAGUGUGUGUAUUUUGAUAAUUUAAAUUAUUUGUUGAACAUGUUGAAACUUGAAAGGAUUAGUCAUCAUGGAACUAUCAGUUGAGUUGUGUAGGUGAUGAGAUAGUUCUAUGUUUUCUUUAUUUGUUAGUACUAGUUUCAGACGAAGCACAUAAAUGGAUGCUAUAUAGGCUUAUUUGCACUCUGAAAAGCUCAAUGUGAAACGUCCAUUAUGAAAUCAAAUCGCAUUAGAUUGUAUUUGCAGCACUGAAGUUCAUACAAAGCCACAUUCACCAAUACUGUAGAAAGUUGAAUUAAGUAAUUCAUCAUUUUGUAGGCUUACAUUUCUUUUUUCUUAUAAAAAUUUGAGGGAAUGUUUGCCUGAACACUGGAUUAUGUUUUGAGAAUUUGUUUUCACUUAUUGAAUUGUUUGUCAACUAGUUAAAGGGGUAAUCCAUCCUGAUGCAUGUGUUAAAGGCCCACUGCACUACUUGUAGCUACUUGCGCCCUCUAUAUAACAAACAAUGCCUAAUCGGUGACCAUUGGUCCCCCAUGAUCCUCUUUUUCUUAUGUUAACUGAGAGCUGAGUUGAUGAGAUAACCACCUGUCCAGUGACCUUGCAGGGCGGUGUAAUCCCUCCUGUAAACUAUGGCAGAUAAGCUUUAAGUUGGUUUUAGAAGAAGCAGAAUAGUAUGAGAAACAAAAUUAGUGAAAGAUUUACCAUGCCCAAUUAGAAAUAAGAAAGUUAUGAGUAUUUUGAAGCAGUCUUCAGUAAACAUAUAUUGGCAACACUGUGAUGUACAUAUCUUGCAAGCUCCAAUUUGCUCUGUACAGAAAAUUUCAUGAAAUUUCAUUUUCUUAACUAUUGUUGAUGGAUUAGAUUUGUUUCAUACAAAGGUGGUAUGCAAACAUUUUGGUAAUAAUUAUAUUUAAGGUGAAUGUACAAUUGAAAAAUUUCAUAAGGAAAAUGUAAUUUAUUAAAGAUUUUAGUACAGGGCAAAUGGACCUUGCUAGAUACGUCACAGAGUUGCCAAUUUGUGUUUGAUCGCACCUUCAAAAAUUUGUCUCUUUUUUUUUAAAAUUGGUUUUUGCUCAGACUUUCGUUCACCCGUUCCUCUCAUUUCUCUGCUGCUAUUAAAACAAACUUGAUGUCAGGUUGGACUUCCCCUUUGAUGGGACUUCAUAUUGCGGUAUUGUCUAUUUGACUAAAAAAAUCCUUUCUGUUGGAAUUGACAGAAUAAAGGCUUUUGCUCAAACUUUCUUGCACACAGGAAAUCGGGUUUGAAACUAAACUUACUGUAUACAUAUUUCAACAUUUCAAGUAGAAAUUCAAUAAAUCUGAGACAAGUUGAGCGGGAACAAGUGAGAUUUUUGUUUGAAAAGGGUAAGAUUGGUUUAUAUAUAUUGUAUAUAUUUAAUCCAGGUGUAAAUGUACAUGUAUUAUAAGAAUAAAUUUGUAUUUUGUGUAAAGUAUUAUGCCUUGUCAGCAGUAUAUGCCUGUCAAUAACAAAUAAAAGCUAUUUGCCGUAAGAUUUUUAA